AUGCCGGAAAAUUCGAUUCCGAAGGAGGCGGCGUACCAAAUCAUAAACGACGAGCUGAUGCUGGACGGGAACCCUCGGUUGAACCUAGCUUCGUUUGUGACGACUUGGAUGGAGCCGGAGUGUGAUAAGCUAAUUAUGGCCUCCAUUAACAAAAACUACGUUGACAUGGACGAGUACCCCAAUCGUUGCGUGAACAUGAUCGCGCACCUAUUCAAUGCCCCACUAGGAGACGACGAGGCAGCUGUGGGGAUAGGGACCGUUGGGUCGUCUGAGGCCAUAAUGCUUGCGGGCCUCACCUUCAAGAGGAAAUGGCAAAACAAGAUCCAAACCUGGGAAUACCCGCUUUCCAUCAUCCACUCGAGCAACUGGUCUUUGAUUGAGACGCUCGGAACUGCCCAAAGAGGUCGCGCUGAUAGCUCUAUUUCGGCUCUUCUCUUUCGGGGCCUCGGCCCUGUUCUGGUUACUACAAUGAAGGAGUUGGGCCGGCCCCACGACCAGCCCAACAUUGUCACGGGGGCCAACGUCCAAGUCUGUUGGGAGAAGUUUGCUCGUUAUUUCGAGGUGGAGCUCAAGGAGGUGAAGCUGAGGGACGGUUACUAUGUGAUGGACCCCGAGAAGGCAGUCAAGCUGGUGGACGAGAACACAAUCUGCGUGGCCGCCAUCCUCGGGUCAACGCUCAACGGGGAGUUUGAGGACGUUAAGCGUCUCAACGACCUCCUCGAGCAAAAGAAUCGAGAAACAGGUUACAUCCACAACCCUAAUUUCAAAUCUUAUUCUUUUGUAUGGGACACACCGAUUCAUGUGGACGCGGCAAGUGGCGGUUUCAUCGCGCCGUUUUUGUACCCAGAGCUGGAGUGGGAUUUCAGGCUGCCGCUGGUGAAGAGUAUAAACGUGAGCGGGCACAAGUACGGGCUCGUGUACGCGGGCAUCGGCUGGGUCAUCUGGAGGAGCAAGCAAGACUUGCCUGAUGAGCUCAUCUUCCACAUCAACUAUCUUGGCUCCGAUCAGCCCACUUUCACUCUCAACUUCUCCAAAGGCUCGAGUCAAGUAAUUGCUCAGUACUACCAACUCAUUCGCUUGGGUUACGAGGGAUACCGCAACAUAAUGCAAAACUGCCAAGAAAACGCGCGCGUGGUAAGAGAAGCCCUAGAAGGCACGGGGCAAUUCAAGGUCGUCUCCAAAGAGAAAGGUGUUCCGUUAGUGGCUUUCAGCCUCCGAGACAAUAGCCGCCACAACGAGUUCGAGGUUUCGGACAUGCUGCGGAGGUUCGGUUGGGUGGUCCCCGCGUACACGAUGCCUCCCGAUGCACGCCACGUCACGGUCCUCCGCAUCGUUGUCCGCGAAGACUUCUCGCGCACCCUCGCCGACAGGCUCGUCCACGAUAUUCUUAGGGUUAUCCACGAGCUCGACUCGCUACCGUCCAGAGUGGCCGACAAGCUGGCGGCGGAGGACGAGUGUUCGUCCAUGGUGGUGAAGAGGACGGCGACUGAGGUGCAGAGGGAGGUGACAACGGCGUGGAGGAAGAUGAUUGAGGAUAGGAAGAAGACAAACGGCAUUUGCUAG